CAUGCGUGUCUGGACAGUUGAGACUAAUCAACAAUUUCAUCCGACCGAAAAGACACGAACAAAGAGCUCGUUGAACGUAUCGAUGCGACCCUCUUAUCGGCUCAAUGCGGCAUUAAUUCCUUCACCUUUGUCUCUCUUUCCUCCUUUGAAAACGAAACGUGUCAUAUGCAGCAAACCCUACGUCACGCUAGCCACGUAGACUUGUUGACUAGAAACUCAACUUGCUUUUC